CGCCAAUGUACAAGUCACGGAAAGCCAAUUUGUUGACAAACUUUCAUUAAAAAUAUACGUGAAUUGCCGGAUCUUUGAAAGCAAUGUUGCAAAAUGACACCAUAUACGUUUUUCUUUAAUACCAUGCUUUUGAUGUAACUGAUCAUGCUGGAAUCUGCUGACAGUUUUUUGCAAGCUGAUCUACUGGUGCAGUCAGCACUCAAGGGCUCAAAAGGCAUUGGGACGGAGGCAUCAUUUGAUAGCGGUUACAGUACAUCACCAGCAAACCCAGUGCCAGGUUCAUCAGGAGCUGGAGACAUGAAUCCUAAGAUGACGACAGUCAGCCCCUCUAAAAACCCUUUCAGGGUCAACACGGACUCCAACCAAACCAUCAUAAGCCCUAUGAAGUCAGGAUUUGGUGCCAUAUUUAGUCCAUUUAAAGAUUCCUCUCUGAGCCCAUUCAAACUUUUGCAAAGCCCCUCCAAGGGUACAUUUGAUGAGUGGGAGAAAGACUUGUUCGCCAACUUGGAUGAAAAUUUGUUUGGCAUGGGUGAUUUAUCAGAAAAUAUUGUGGAUGAACUGUUGAAAUCCCCACAGGGCAAACUUCUGCUUGAGAGCAAGAAUAGUCCCUCUCAUGUGGUAAGAAGGUUGAGAAUCUCGCCUGAUAACCGACACAAGGGGCAGAAGUUUCAAUCAUUGAACAGUACAGAUCUCUUCAACAUUGAAAGUGUUGUGAAAACUGAGCUGAUGGACACAAACUUUACUAGUUUGCGAGUGAAAGAUGAGAGUACAAUUCAUGAUCACAUGUAUGGACAACAGACUGUUAUUGAUAUUUCUAAUAGUGCAAUAGAUCGGAACAAAAUGAGUGAUACACCGAUGAAACCUCGAUUUUCCAGUAUGGAAAACGCACCAAUUCGUAAAUUGUCGAUGAGGGCAGUUGGUUCAACAGAAGUUAAUGUUCAGCAUGUUGUUAAUGCACCUGCAAAUAUAACACCAAUUCUUCAUCUCCCUCAAACUUGGCCAUCUAAGGAUAAGCUGAAAUUUGCAAGAAUGCAGUUUAAGCAAGUACUGAAUGACGCUGUUGAAAGGGAGUUAGCAUUUAAAAGGGAAAAAAAGCGUUUGAAAAGCAAAAAAGUUGUAAAGAGCAUAGUCGAAGAAAACCGGAAACAACUAGGUAAUCGUUUGAAAAUGCAGAGUGGCAAGUGUAAUAAGAAAGGGAAUAUUGAGAAAAGUAAAGGCAAAAAGGUAAAAGCAUACAAGAAAAAAAAGAAAGAUACUUACCCUGAAAUAAAGAUGGCAUUGACAAAGACCGGUGUCCGCCAUCAUCCACAGGUUGUCCAUAGGGAGCCGUCCCCAUUGCCCCCUCGCGUUCAGACAUAUGAAGACCCAGGAUGGUAUCCGAGUGAUGACGAAGAUGUCGUAGAACCAUGGAAUGGUCCACCACCAUUUUACACCCAAAUGAGUUCCGGUUUCUAUAGCGAUGAGUCUUCAGAGGCAGAAGAAAGUGAGGAGAAGGAAGAAACAGAAAGAUACAGCUACGAAACAUUAUCGGGACGUCGGGUCACUUUAAAGAGACCUAGAUUGUAUUAAGGGCAUUUUAAGGUUGUUAAAAAUUUAACAGGACAAUAUGAAAGUCAUGUGAUAUGUUUGUUUUUAACUGUGGACUGAUGAAUUGUCUUGUGGAAAUAUCAAUCAGGAGUAUUUAUUUUUUCGCUUGAAAUAUGGUGGUAUUUAUUAAAACUGAAUGAAUUUGUUAACAGGCCUUCUUGUCAAGAUUCCUAGCAGCAGUUGUUUUUCCUGGGCUGUCCUACCUGUUUUUAGACAAGAUGUAACCCUAACCACAAAAUAACAUUUUUGUUGGGCCUAGGAGAGGGUUAAAAAAGACAUAAGAAAUCGCUCCUAAUAUUCUUGAUAAAACGGCUUCUGGAAGUUUAAAUUGUCAUUUUUAAACAGAUGUUGCUGUUUUACUGUUGUAAUAUAUAUAAGUGUAUAUUGUUAUUUCAUUCCCAACUAGUGCAGUGCAUUACUGAUAGGUGUAUUUUGAUAUGUAAAAUAGUUAUACAUGUACGAAUGUUUUUGCAUAUACAUGUACUAGUAUAACCCAAAAAUAUAGUUUGUGAAUGAAUGAUAUUUAUGAAUAAUGUGUUAAUGUUAAACUUCUAUAAAUCAACAAUGUUUUUGUUUCUUUUAUAAAAUUAAGUUAAUUCUUAUUUUAAUACUGGGUACCUAAAUUAUUUCUUUCCGAAGAAAGCAAAAAUUAUAAUGAAGAUUUUCAAUGUGCAAUAUAUGCCAGUGUUUUUUUCUCUAUUUGAAAUGGAGUAAACAUUUGGCGCCAUUUACAUUAAUUACAAUUUAAAAAAAUACAUUAUAUUUUUUUUUCACAAAAUAUCAUUAAUGUUCACAAAUCUGAAAGUUAGUAUAUUUUACGGUAUAUUUAUUAAAGGACUUCGAAAUUCCUCAUUCAGUUCCCUGCAUAAAAUUCAUAGAAAGCAAUAUCAUCAGCUCUACUUCUAUCACUUCUUUUUAUAUGUAAAUCAUCUAUUAAGUUUUCUUUACAACAGCCUUUAAAUUCAACAAUAAACUGACCUAUUUUCUCAUAGUAUUGCAGAAGUAGAUUGUUGCAUGUAUACUAGGCUACUGUGUGAUAUCAAGGUAGAAAAAAGUGUGUUAUAUGGAUAUUCUGUAGGAUGUCCAUUGUUUACGUUCAAAUCUUGCAGUAUUUUGGGCAGUAAAUUUAAUAGGUGUGAAAAAGAUCACGUUAUAUAAUUGUAGGCUUUGGGGAACAGCGAUUUAUAUAAAAGCUUGGUGAGGGUUAUUUUAUUUUGUGAAAAUUUGCUAAAUCUGCUGUUAAAAAGAUAGAAAAAAAAACUUGAAUGUAAAACGUUAUAGUAUAGAAAGUUGUAUUUUUUUCUUGUUGUAAAUGCGCAUUGUAAAUUGUUAUGUUUGUGACCAAAAUUUUAUUUUAUUUAUUGUCACGUUUUGUUAUGGGAUUUUUUGUGUUUAGCUUAGCUUCUGUAAAUACUAGGUUUGCAACAACAGAAAAUAGUAAAAAAAAAAAAAUGGAAAAAGUUAACAAUAUUAAAAAUACAAUCUUGAAUAUAUACAAUAGGCCAUACUGUAUCAACCUUUCAGGGACUCGCUCAUGUUUUUGGACCAAAAAUUAGUUUUCCCGAAUAUGAUUCUGAAAACACAUUUCGAAGGCAUUGAUAACAUCACUUGAUUAAGUGAUCAUCCUAUGAUUCCAAUCAAGCAAUAAGCCAUAUGAAAAUUGGGUUUCUAAUGUUUUUCAAAAUUGUAGUCUUCGAAGACGAUAUUUGAGCAAACAUUUGUUAUCGACAUUUUUUGAAGGGUUCCAGCUGUCAGUAUCUUAGUUUGAACGUUCCUAAUGACUUGCCACAUCAUAUUUUGUAAUAAAUCAUUAUUAUUUUCGACACAAAUGCAUUUUACAAAGCAAGAACGAGUCCCAUUAAGAUUAUUCUUAUCAGUAUAAAAGCAAUCUAGCAAAGCCUAAAUAUAUAUAAAAAAUACGGCACUUUCUGUUAUUGGUGAUAUAUUAUAAUGGAAAUAUGUUAUUUAUGAUAAUCUUUUAUCUAAAUAUAAAAGAUGAAGUGUAUUCUACCAUAAGAAAUGUAAAAUGAAAACCCACACACUUUAAUUACUAAAAAAUGUAACAUUAAAGACUGUACAUUCAAAACUUUGCUGUUGUCGUCACUGGCUUUCAAAUCUGUCUGUUUAAAUGUGCGUAGUAUCUUUUUACAUUUGUGUAUGUUUCUAUGGAAACCAUUCAGAAGCAAGGUGCACAUGAAUGAUAAACAAGGAAAUAAACCAGUAUGGCCUACUUUGAGGAAUUUAAAUAAAAGGUCAAGGCUCAGAGGCAUAUGCAUAUUUAUUUUUUUUAAAUCUUUGAAAAGUGCACUAAAUCAUGUUGAUAGUUACUGUCUGCACCUCAACUGAGGAAAUCACAUAUUAUAACUAUUUUACCGAAAUUGCAGAAUAAAAUUCAUUUAAAGUAUAAUAAAUAUUCUGCUUUUACAUGGGUGCAAACCUAGGCUAGAACAUUCAAUGAAAAAUUAAAAAAACGGACAACAAAAUCUCACACCCACAUAGACUCCUACACAAACAUGAGGAUAACUAAAAACGUUUAAUGCUUUUGUUGUAUAGCGUUAAUAACUCGAUUCAAGAUUGUGGACUUCAAAGACAAUAUUUGAUUAUAUAUUAACAUUUGUUGAAGUGUUCCAGCCAUCAGUUACUUAGUUUCAUCACUCAAUGAUUUGUCACUUUAAUUUGUCAUCCAAAAAAAAGUGCAUUUUACAAAAACAUGAGCAAGUCCCUUUUACUACAGGGAUGUGAUUUGUCCGCAGAUUCGCGGAUCUAAUGGCCUCAGAGACCCCCCCCCCCCCCCAAAAAAAAUAAAAAAUAAUAAUAAUAAUAAUUAUUAUUUUUACCUGAAAAAAAUUAUUUGGUUGCUUUCAGUUGUUUUAAGUUUAUAUUCCAGUUUGCUUCAAAUUAAAAGUCAGGAGAGCUCUCAAAAGAGCUUCUAAAAAGCCAUUUUUUCUUCUACAGCAGUGCGCUUUUGACCCAAAGAGCGCCCCUUAAACCCAUGGCCGAAAAUGUUUCAGCCCUCUAGCUGCCAGGUCAAACACAUCCCUGUUUAUAUAUGUGAACACAUCAUCUAAUAUUUCCCUUUUAAAAGAUAACAACGAUAUCGUUUAUCACAUUCAUAACUUCUACAAAGUUCUGAACAAUCAGCCCAGUGAGACUCUCUUAUCAAUGAUUGUAUUAUGCGAUUGCUUUUUGAACUGGUAAAUCUAAGAAGCAAUAUUUAUUAUUUGAAAACCAAUUGUUUUAUUGGUGACACAAUAACACACAGCUAGUUUGAAUUUGCGAAUACUGGUAACACUUUCAAUCGAGUUUAAAAGCUUGAUCAUAUAAUAUUUGAUCGUACAAAAAUUGAUGUUAAAGGGACUAGACACCAUAUGAACCCCAUAAGCGGCAGAGGCUGCGCUAUGUUUCAUUUAAAAUGGUGAAGAAAUAGUGAAGUUCUCUUUGUUUAAAGUCUUCAUUCGAAGCAAAAUAUUGCUUUCCGAUGUAGCAUUCAUGACGCAAUGUAUCACGUGGUAUAGAAACACUUGAUAUGAUAGCAAGAAAAAAAGAAAAUUGUUAAAAACUUACAUACAAAUUGAUAUCGUUGUGUAGCACACAUUAGAUCUUACUGAUUUUUCACAUUGCUUACGACACAUGCAUCUUUUGCAGAUUAUUUUCCAAUUCGAAAUUUACUGGGGUUGUCUACCAUUUAAGUCCAAGUUUAUUUAAAAAUAGCAUUGGUAUAUAUAUCUCAGUAUCUGUACUUUUCACUUGACUUUCACAUGUGCUAAUUUUAAACAGGUUAACUCAGCUGAGACAGUGACCAAAUAUUCUUUUUAUCAUGUAAAAUGAGGUUUUAUUAGCCCCAUACUAUCUUAUAUUGACAAUUCUAUAGGCUCGUCUUGUCGAAAUAAUGUAUUUGCCAAUUUUGUGAUGAUCUGGUGUCUUGCCCCUUUAAGGUCCCAUUCUUAAUUAAUAUGUCUUAUAUUUAUAUAAUAAUAUCUUAUAUUUUGAUUAAAACAUGUUUUUGAUAUUUUUUCAACUUGUAUACCUUUUUUGACUUAUAGAGUUCUGUGAUCUAAUGUACAAUAAAGCACAAAAAACAGAACUGCACUGGUUUAACUCAAUGUUAUUUAUUUCCUUCAUAUUUUAAGUUGCUAGAUUUUCAAAGUCACAACUUAGGAAUGUAUUGUAAAAAUAGUGAUUAAAUGUUGACAUAAACUAUUUUGAUCUUUUAUAACAAUUAAAUAUAAAAAAGGAUGCCUGUGUUUAUUUUCAUUUUAUUUUUUUGUUCUGCAAAGAAAAAGAUUUGAGGUGUCGUGGAAGCCUAGGCCCUUUUCAUUGAUGUGCAAAC